AUGGACAGUGAUCAUCAGCAUCGUGCACCGCAACGGCUGGAAACCGCGGGGUCGUCACGGGGUUCGGGUUCAGCAGAACAGACACCAACGUUGAAAGUGGUGCUAUUGGGCGAUCUGGGAGUAGGCAAGACGAGUUUGCGGUCGCAGUUUGUCCACCACAUGUUCUCAAACUCGUACAAGGCCACCAUCGGUGGAGACUACCUCACUACCACAUUGAAACUUCCCCCCAGCCAACAACAACACGAAGAACCAGAGGCCGACGCCGUCAAUUUGCAAAUCUGGGAUACCGCAGGGCAAGAACGCUUCAACUCCAUCUCGCAAGCAUUCUACCGCGGCGCCGACGUAUGCGUCCUCGUCUACGAUAUAACAAACUACGAGUCGGUCCUCAGCCUCAAGGAUUGGUUCGCACGGUUCAAAGAGCACUGUCACGUGGCGCACCCCGCCGUUGUAGUCGUAGGCAACAAAUUGGACAAACUGAAACUGGCGCGAGUAGUCGAUAAGGACGAGAUCUCCGAUAUCCUUUCGAGCUCAUCGGCGUUGGCGUCGCUGGUUAACGUGGGGGACUAUGUUUCCGACUGGCAAUGCGAUCUAUUUGAAGUUAGCGCGAAACAUUAUGGGCAAGUUGAACGUGUUUUUUUGAGAGUUGCGCAGGUGGGCAGGGACAUACUGAAUAGUUUACUGAGGCAGCAGUCGUUGGAUUCCUUUCGCGUGGAUUUGAACCCCAAGAGCCGUGGUGGGGAUGCAAGUGCCCAGAAAUGUGGAUGUUAG